AUGACUGAAGUGUUUCAGAAAGAAGUGUUGAAAUUGUGGCAAGCAGGGGUGAUCUACCCCAUCUUAGACAGCCCUUGGGUAAGCCCGGUGCAAGUAGUCCCUAAGAAGAGAGGGAUCACUGUUGUGGCAAAUGAGAAGAAUGAAUUGAUACCCACAAGGACAGUGACCGGAUGGUGUAUGUGCAUCGACUACCGGAAACUUAAUGAAGCCACCCGAAAGGAUCACUUUCCCCCACCCUUCAUGGACCAGAUGCUUGAAAAAUUGGCAGGACAUGAAGAGUGCAUGGUAGCCUUUGAUGAACUCAAAAAGAAACUCUCCUCUGCACCUAUUAUAGCACCACCAAGCUGGGAUCUUCCCUUUGAACUAAUGUGUGAUGCAUCUGAUUUUGCUGUUGGUGCUGUUCUAGGACAAAGGAAAGACAAGCUAUGUGCUGAUGGAGUCCUAAGAAGGUGUAUAUCCCAUGAAGAAGGGCAAGAAGUGUUAUGGCAGUGCCAUGGGUCAGCAUAUGGAGGUCACUUCAGUGGAGAAAGGACAGCAGCAAAAGUGCUUCAAUCCGGAUUUUACUGGCCAACAAUAUUUAAGGAUGCCAAGGAAAUGGUGUCAAGGUGUGAUGAAUGUCAAAGAGCUGGUAAUCUAACCAAGAGGAAUGAGAUGACACAGCAAUACAUACUAGAGCGGGAACUAUUUGAUGUAUGGGGAAUUGAUUUCAUGGGACCCUUCCCAACCUCCUUCUCAAAUAGCUACAUAUUAGUGGCUGUUGAUUAUGUCUCAAGAUAUGGAGUAAAGCACAAAGUGGCAACUCCAUACCACCCACAGACCAACGGGCAAGAUGAGAUCUCCAACAGAAAGCUAAAACAAAUCCUUGAAAAAACUGUUGGAAGCUCAGUAAAGGACUGGUCUAAGAAGCUAGACAAUGCUCUAUGGGCCUACAAGACAGCCUUCAAGACCCCCAUUGGGAUGUCACCACACCAACUGGUAUUUGGCAAGGCUUGCCACUUGCCAGUUGAAUUGGAGCACAGAGUAUUCUGGGCUCUAAAACUACUGAAUUUUGAUGAGCAAGCUGUUGGAGAAAAGAGAUUAAUGCAACUCAAUGAGCUGGAAGAAUUUAGAAAUCAAGCAUAUGAGAAUGUAAAAAUCUACAAAGAGAACACAAAAAGGUGGCAUGACCAAAAGAUAGCAAGAAGGGAGUUCACUGAAGGACAGAAGGUGUUACUCUACAACUCAAGACUCAAGUUCUUCCCUGGAAAACUUAAGUCUCAAUGGUCAAGACCUUUCACCAUACUCAAAGUAUUUCCCUAUGGUCAUGUGGAGCUCAUGGAGGACAAGACUCAAAGAACCUUUUCUUUCAAUGGCCAUAGACUCAAACACUACUUGGGAGGCUCCUUGGAGGAGCAGAGAGUGAGCUACAAGCUCAGCUAA